CAUCAUUCUUUCCUCUAGUUUUGGCUUUGGAAAUGGCGGCUCGGGCUGAGGAGGGGGGGCUGAAGUAUUUGGAGUUCGUUCUAAAAGCGGCAUUUCGAGCAGCAACGUGUUUACUCAAGUUUUACGGCUAUGCAAAGGACUGGUCCGGUCCGCUGAAGUUCGGCCUUGAAGCCAUGGAAGGCACUGUGAAGUCCGUUGUUGGUCCUUUGUACAAUAAGUUACACGGCCCUUCGAAUGAGGUUCUUAAGUUCAUCGAUCGCAAGGUGGACGAGUCAGUGACAACGAUCGACCGCCUUCUUCCUCCAACGGUCAAGCAGGUCUCAUCUCAAGCCAUCUCUGCUGCACUACAAAUGCCUAAAGUGGCUCGAAACGUAGCAUCUGAGAUCCAACGUAGUGGCCUUAAAGACACCGUCACUGGUAUUGUGAAAUCAGUGCAACCCAAGGCGGAACAGUCCGCAGCUUCAGCAUGGCACGCACUGAACCAGCUGCCUGUCUUCUCCACUGUUGCGCAGGCCAUCGUGCCAACAGCAGCGCUCUACACUGAGAAAUACAACGACACCGUGCGAGCCUCCGCCGAGAAGGGUAACAAGGUGGCUUCACUCCUUCCAUUGGUCCCAAAUGAGGGGAUCGCCAGAGUGUUUGGCAAGAUCAAAAUUUAGAUGAGUUAAGAGCUUGGGUUUGUUCUUAGUUUCUUGUAUGUGUUGGUGUGGUAGUUUUAGCUAUGGCAUUACAUCAUUGAAGGGUUUUUAAUAAAAGUUUGGAAUUACAUGGUUAU